AUGGUUCUGCUGCGACGUGCGCAGCGGACCAUGGCUCAGAGGGCCUCCAGAGCGUACCGCACCGUGUCGUACGAGGCGGUGUGCCUUAUGUCCGGUAGCCUCCCCUGGGACCUCGAAGCCGGGGUCCUAGCGGAGGUUUACCGGAGAAGAGCCCUGAUGCGGCAGCGAGGCGAGGAGCCCCUCCCGGAAGAGAUCGUACGCUGGAGGAAGGAAGGUCGCGACGAUCUCUUCCGGCGAUGGAAGGAGAGGCUGGCGGACGCCACGUUGUGGGGAUUGAGUCGGGUCCCGAGUGCCACCAUUGCGCGUCCGGCGACGUGGACGGCAGAGCACACGCUCGCCGUGUGCACGGGCUGGGACGCGCAACGCGCCACGCUCACUGGCGCAAUAGGGCGAGAUCUGUCGCUGCCAGCCGUCAUACAUGCGAUGGUCGGCAGCGAACAGAGUUGGGCCGCCGUCGCCUCCUUCGCACGCGAGGUGAUGGCGGCCAAAAGAGAAGCCCUGCGGGAGCGCGAACGCGCCAACGAGACGCUGCCGCCCCGCAGGGCUCCAGCGAAGGGCCGCCGGCUUGAGACGUACGCGGCGGCCCUAUAA